AUGAAGGCUUCUCAGAGUCGCCGGAAGAGCUACCAUGAUAAGAGACGGAGGACACUUGAAUUUCAAGAGGGAGAUCAUGUGUUUCUAAAAGUAACUCCUACGACUGGCGUUGGUAGAGCACUGAAGUCAAGGAAGUUGACUCCAUGUUUCAUUGGUCCGUAUCAGAUUACAGAGAGAGUUGGAGAGGUGGCUUACCGUAUUGCGUUGCCACCAAUGUUGGAAAAUUUGCAUGACGUAUUUCAUGUGUCUCAGUUGAGGAAAUACAUUGCAGAUCCAUCUCAUGUAAUCCAAGUGGAUGACGUACAGGUGAAGGACAAUCUGACAGUUGAGACCUUGCCUGUGAGAAUUGAAGAUCGGAAGCUGAAGCAAUUGCGUGGUAAGGAGAUAGCUUUGGUUCGAGUAGCUUGGGGAGGAGCAGCAAGUGGAAAUGUCACCUGGGAAUUAGAGAGUAAGAUGAAGGACUCCUUUCCUGAGCUGUUUGCUUAA